AUGGCUGUGUCCAAGAUCUCGUCUUUGUUGGCUGUCUUGGCUUCUUCUUCGUUGGUGUCUGCCCAUGGCCACGUCAAAAACCUUGUUAUCAACGGUGUCUCCUAUGAAACCUACGAUAGCACCAACUUUCCCUACAUGCGAGAUCCUCCCAUUGUAGUCGGCUGGACAGUCAAUCAGAAAGACAAUGGCUUCGUCUCUCCCCAUUCCUACUACGACUCCGACAUCAUUUGCCACCGGGAUGCUGUUCCCGCUCAGGGACAUGUCCAGGUUACGGCUGGCGAUGUCAUCACCAUCCAGUGGUCGGAGUGGCCUGACGCUCAUCACGGUCCUGUCGUGGACUAUCUCGCCAACUGCCACGGCCCAUGCGAGGACGUCGACAAGACCAGUCUUGAGUUCUUCAAGAUUGACGGCUUAGGCAUUGUCGAUCGAGGCAAUCCCGGCAAGUAUGCCGACGAUGUCCUGCUUGAAAACGGCUACGCAUGGAAUGUCCGGAUUCCGGAUAACAUUGCAUCCGGUAACUACGUUCUUCGACAUGAGAUCAUCGCUCUACACAACGCAAUUGAGAAGUACGGAGCCCAGAACUAUCCUCAGUGCUUCAACCUCAAGAUCGUUGACGGAGGCUCUGAUGAGCCGAAUGGGGUUCUCGGUACUGAGCUGUAUGAUGCUGAAGAUCCCGGAAUUUAUAUCAACAUCUAUGCCGACCCGGCUGAUUACAAGGUGCCUGGGCCAACAAUCAUUGAGGGUGGUGUCACAUCAGUGAAGCAGGAGCCUUCGUCAGCCUAUACUACUGCGUCAGCGACAACUAAAUCCUAGGAGGAUUUUGGGGUUUUUUGUAUCUAAAUCAUGAGUAACAAUAUUACUGUCUAGGACGAACACGCAGGGCUUGGGUGACUUAUACCACCCGGAACUGUGAUAUUGCAAACGC